AGGUCUAUUUCUGGCACGUCCCCACCGGUACCACUCAAUACCACAGACCUGUUGCCGCUAGCAACCAGAACUCGUCUCCGAACAAUGGUCCAGACAGUGAGCCACAACAAGAAACACAGGACUCACUCAAACCACCCAACGAGCGCCCUAGCAGCCUGAUCUCUGACAGUUCCGUGGAGCCUGGCCCUCUCCCUCUGGCUCCUCCCCUGACUCCACCUCCUCCACCCCCAUGAAUGAUGUCAUCUGCUCUGGACCAGACCUAAACCUCACCACCUGCACAGUCAAUGAGCUGAAAGACUAUCCAGUGUAUCCAGACCCAAGCCUCAAAGCAUUUGAAGGGGCCACUCUACGCUACGCUUCACUCAAACUCAACCCUCCAGCUCAACUAGAGACUGUGGAUCUUGACAGCACCUAUUCAGACUCAGAGGCUAUGUCAUUCCCCGUGCGGUCUCUGGGCUGGGUGGAGAUGUCAGAGCAGGACUUGUGCGAGGGGCGGAGCAGUGUGGCCGUGCACCACUGUAUCAGACAGCUGUCCUACUGCAGACGGGACAUACGCGACUCUGCUGGGGUCUGGGGAGAGGGUAAAGGAAUGCUGCUGGUGCUUCAGGACCGGAUGUUGACCUUAGUUGACCCCGACGACCGCAGUCUGCUUCACUCUCAGCCAAUCAGCAGCAUUCGUGUGUGGGGCGUGGGGCGGGACCAUGACAGGGACUUUGCCUAUGUGGCGCGGGACAAGAACACGCGCGUGUUAAAGUGCCACGUGUUCAGAUGUGAUACACCGGCUGCCGCUAUUGCCACCAGUCUCCACGAAAUCUGCACCAAGAUUAUGGCUGAAAGAAAAAGUGCCAAGGCUGCAGCAGGCAGCUCCUCCCAGACCGGCUCAGAUGUACCACUACAAGAGUUUCCGAUGCCAAAGACGGAGCUGGUGCAGAAGUUUCACGUGCUGUAUUUGGGUGUGACAUCAGUAACUCGUCCCAUUGGGAUGGACAUAAUAAAUGGAGCCAUAGAAAGUCUUGUAAGCUCCACAGGCAAAGAAGACUGGACUCCUGUCAUUCUGAGCAUCGCUGACACCACAGUAUCAGUCAUAAAGGAAAAGGAGGAGGAGGAGGAGGCCCUGGUGGAGUGCCGAGUGCGUUUCCUGUCCUUCAUGGGCGUGGGACGGGACAUUCACACGUUCGCCUUCAUCAUGGACACUGGAAACCAGCAUUUCCAAUGCCACGUGUUCUGGUGUGACCCCAAUGCAGGCUGUGUGUCUGAGGCUGUGCAGGCAGCAUGUGUGCUUCGGUAUCAGAAGUGUCUUGUGGCGCGACCCCCAUCUCAGCGCGCAGGCUCCUCCUCCUCUCCCUCCUCAGACUCAGUGACGCGCCGUGUGACCACCAGUGUGAAGCGCGGGGUGCAGUCUCUCAUAGACACUCUGAAACCCAAAAAACAGCCCCCCGAACUGCCCCAACAAUGACCUCCCACUGGUGUCUACAGCACUCUCACCAUAUCGCCACUCUAACAUGUAAUCAGUGCCAGCCAUGGUAAACAAUGAUGUAUAUACUGAAUACGUUAGGUGAACUACUACGAAGGAACCAUGAUGAAUACAAAAAGAAAUUACUACUGAAAGAGUCGUAGGGUGAACUUUGACCUUUGAACUCUACUGUCCAAACUGCCCUUAGUGGAUUUUGGAGCUGACGUCCUUUGUACAACCAAGGAGUUUUCAUCUGUCCAUCAACUGCUUUUAUUUGAUUUUGUUUUGUUUUUCAUGAUCUGUACCCCUCAGUGAAGACAGAGCUGCCAUCAUUAAAUUGAGUAUUUUUGAAGAGAAACACAGGCAUAAAACCUCUUCUCCAGUCUCCAAAAAGAGAAUGGUAAAAGAUGUUGAUAGCUUUAUGUUUGUAAAUGAUUGUAAAGAGGACUGUAUUCAGGAGGAGACUGUAGAUACGAGGGACAAUGGGACUGGUGUACAUGGUGAAAGAUUAAAUUGUGCAUGUUAUGUUGAUAAGAUGGUAUUUGUUUUGCUUAGAUGAUAAAACGAGGGUCUGCAUCAAGACAGGAGCUAUGUCCAAGGCACAGAAUGAUGCCUUAAAGUUUAAAAAAAGAGGAAAUAUUUGACCCCCAAAAUUUUCAAACCAAAAUGUUCUAUUUUUGUUGCUGUUAAAGAGUGAAUCAGUACAAAUGUGUUUUUUUUUUAAAUUCAAGGUUUAUUUAUUCGCAAAAAUAUUCUGUAACAAUGUUACACAACAAAUCAUCAUUCUCCCUAGAGCCCCACCCUCAACUUAUAAACAUGAACCAGACAGGUACAAAAUUAAACACUGAUGAUAUAAAUCGAUAAAUAAUGACAAAAGAAAAUAGACCGGACAGAAAAAUAAAAAAAUUAAAAUAAUUAAAUAAAAAAUGAUAGAUAAAUUAAUUAAAUUACAUUUAUACAAUUUCCCUUGCUUCCAUGGUUUGGAAAUAAGACAAAAAUGGAUUCCAGAUUGUAUAAAAAUUUUUAACUGAGCCUUUGGUUGUGUACCUGAUUUUCUCCAGUUGAGUGUAGUACAUGGCAUCCCUGACCCAGAACCCAUAUGCAGGCAGUUGUAGUUCCUUCCAGUUCAGUAAAAUCCUCCUACGAGCUAACAGUGUGCAGAAAGCCACCAGACUAGCUCCAAACUCUUCAAGCAAAUCUAGGACAUUUGCGAGACUUUCUAAAGGAUUCGAAAUAAACAGAAGCAUAUCAUCGGCAUAGAGUGACACUUUAUGUUCUGUAUCCCCACAACGUAUACCUGAUAUGUCAAUGCGCUGUCUCGGAGUAAUGGCAAGAGGCCCAAUAACCAGAGCAACGAGAAGUAGUGACAGUGAACAUCCUUGUCGUGUUCCACACUGAAGUUGAAAAUAUUGAGAUAAAUUAUUAUUAGUUAAAACUGCUGCUGGGGGGAAGGAGUAUAGUACUUUAAUUCAUGAAAUAAAAUUUGUCCCAAACUUUUGUAAUGUAUAAAAAAGAAAAUCCCAUCUCACCGGAUCAAAUACUUUUUCAGCGUCAAGUGAAACCACAGCUUUAAGUGUUUCAUCUGUACAUGGAGUAUAAAUUAUAUUUAACAAACAUCUAAUAUUAAAGAAUGUCUAUUCUUAAUGAACCCUGUUUGACCGGGUAAGAUGAUGGAUGGGAGAAUUUUUUCUAAAUAAAGGGCUAAAAUUUAUGCGAGAAUUUUGGUAUCAACGUUUAAUAAUGAAAUUGGAUGGUAUGAACUACAAUCUAAAUUAUCUUAAUCUUUUUUAAGGAUCAGGGAGAUGACUGCUUGGCGCAUAGUUGGUGGUAACAAUUGUAUCUGAAAAGAUUAAUCAAAUGUAGAUUUCAGUAGUGGGAUUAUUUGAGGAGCAAACAUCUUAUAAAACUCUGACGGGAAUCUGUCAAGACCUGGAGCCUUGCCUGAUUGCAUACUCCUCAAGGCCUUUUCAAUCUUAGCAUAGGAGAGUGGCUCCUUCAUACUAUUUGCUGCGUCUGCUUCCAGCUGAGGAAUAAUAAUUCCAUUGAAGAAGGAGUCCCAGUCUGAAUUGUCACUUAUUGUGGGGCAACUGUAUAUCACUUUGCAAAAUUUAAAAAAGCUUUUGUUCAUAUCCAAGUUGUCUGUACAUUAGAUCCCUUGAUCAUUUUUAAUUUGUGAUGUGGUUUGAUUAGCAGUUCACUGUCACAACUGUUGAGCUAAGAGCCUGCCAGUUUUCUCCCCAUGUUCAUACAAGAGAAAUUUAGCUUGUUAUUAGAUCAAAGAUUGUUUUCAGUUUGUAAUUGUAAUCUAUUUUUAUAUAACAUGGGGGUAGGUGAAUUACUGUAUGCUAUACCAAGUUUGACAAUUUGAUCAGCUAAUUUAGUGAGGUGCUCGGUUGAAAUACGCCUCUGUUUUGCACAGAAUGAAAUUAUUUGACCCCUCAAAUAUGCUUUGAGUGACUCCCAGGCAGUUGAGUGAGAGACAUCUCGGGUUUGAUUGAUAUCAACAAAAAGUUGAAUUUGAGUUUGUAUAAAAUUUGUAAAUUCCUCAUCCGCAAGCAGCAGCAGGUUAAAUCUCUAUGGCCAGUAGUUAGAGUAUACGUUUGGAAACUGCAAUGAGACAACAACCGGGGAAUGAUCAGAAAUUACCGUAGCUUUUCAGUCACAAUCUUUUACUAAGGGUAAAAGUUUUUUUGUCUAUAAAGAUGUAAUCAGUUCAAGAAAAUGACUUAUGAACAUUAGAAAAAAAAGAGUAUUUUCAUGAAGUGGGGUUCAGAAAUCUCCCGACAUCAGCAAGCCCAUAAGUAUCAAGAAAUGAGUGAAUUGCACGAUCUAGAGACUACGACCCAUAGCAGAUAAGACACAAUUUGAUCCCCCCUGAAAAUAAUAUUAUGAGAUGCCAGGUUUGGGAAUUGUGAAAAAACAUUACAAAAAAAAAUUGCAUCAUCCCAGUUGGGGAAACCCAAUUGGAAAUCCAUUUGAUUGUCCAACAACAAUAAUAAAUGAGCAAAAACCUUGCCUCGUUUAAUUGGCUGGUUCAUAGAUUUUACAUUCCAGCUCACAAUAUUGACUGAACAACCAGUAUUUAAGCAAGUCAUAUUUGUAACUUCAGUGUAAGUGAAUAAAUUAUUAGAAAAUGGAAGUUUAAGAGUAAAAAUGAUAUAACCAAAAAAACACAAACAGGAUGGAAUAAGAGCAAUAAUAGUACCAUUCACAAUAAAUACAAAAUAUAACUGUCUGGCAAAUCUCCAGAACUCUGUCAUCUAACAGAACAUGAUGACUGCAAAAACUCUUAGACCAUUUAAAUCCACACAUCUAGCGCUUGUUUGGUAAACUAUAAGCCAGGACACAGUAGGCUCCCACUAAAUUUGAAAUACAACCUACAAUCAGUUGUCCAAAAAAAAAAUACUGCAACAUACACACUGCCAAAAUGAGUCACAUUAUGACAUCCAGCAUAACCUUCUCUUUUCAGUAGCCGACAUAAAGAAAAAGAACAUAUAGGCCUACCAGUGGCCCACUGGUAUAGCAAAUCAGAGUAGUGAUGGAAUCGCAUUGCUCCCAUACAUGCAUUACGAAUUUUGGACUUCCAGUCAUUGCGUAAUGCAUACUGGGAAGGAUU